CCUUUAACUUUAUUGUAGCAGAAGAAAAAACAUAUCCCACGUUUAUCAAAACAAUGGAAGGAAUCACAAUAGACGAUCAUACCUACUUCACCCUUGAUCGUGACUGGUCAUUGUUAAGUUUCCUACUCUAUCGACAACAGUGCGAUGAUUUUUUAGCUGAUAAAUGCAGUGAACACAAACGCUACAUUCGCAACCUCUCAGCCAUAAUUAACUGUGAAGAUUUACCUGAGACUGCAAUUGAACGAGCUGGCGUGGCGCUUACAUCAAUGCAAGUUAAGUAUUUUUCUUUUCUUUCUUUUGUUGGUAGUGAACGGGUCCGAAGAGUAAUAAAGUUUUCGGAUGGGGUUUCGUCCUGCAUUCAAUCACCCAACACUCCUGAUCUCGCUCGGGAGUGCAUGAGUCUCGUCUCGGGUGAUUCCGUCCUGCCGAAAAGUGCAUAUGUGAUUGGUUUCGUCCUGCCCAACACCCCUGAUUUCGUUCGGGAGUGUGUGAGUCUCGCCUCGGGUAGUUCCAUCCUAUCGAAAGUGCAUGAAUUGUUUUUCUUGGUUGAAAGUGAACGGAGAGAAAAAAAAUCGGAUUUAAUCAACGAAUUCUGGGAGAAGGCCAUCUCAGUACAAAAACGGAAAAUCGAGACCUUAUCUGAGCGCUCAGCUUUAGUGGAGGAACUUACUACCACUGCUGUAUACUCGACCCUCCAACAAGAUAGGCAAGGACACUUGGUUAGAGAGAAGGUGGCGAGACGAUUAGAGAGUAUGGAAGACUAUCGUGCGUUCAAACGUCUACGCGGACAAGGAAAUGAAGAUGAAACUGAACCACGAACUCCAGACACAGUGGAUGAAAAUAGUGAUUCAUGGGCUCCGCCCAGUCCCACACCACUUCAAUCACCGCAAUUAUCAAAAAAAUCUUCAACUGCACAAUCAUUUUACCCUUCAAGACCGCGCCUUAUACUUAAAAGUGGCACGAUUAUAAGAAGUCUUCUAGAUGGUGUACCUCAUAAUAGCUUCUGGAACGGGAAUCAUCUCAUUCUUGAUAGAGACAAUGGUUGGCUUUUAAAUGGUUAUAUGGAAGUGGAAGAUUUCGAGGAAUUGAUAGAAAUUUGUUACUUUCACGGUAAUGUAGAAUUGCCGGUGGAAUUAAAAAACAUGCUCAAAGAACUAACAAAUACUCGGACAGUACGUUCAUUAAGAGAAAUGCAAUUAUCAAUGCAACGGCAGUUAAAGCUUGAGGAUACGCUCUUUUAUCUAAAGAAAUGGAUCCUGUCAACUGUUGAUAACUGGCUAGAUUAUAUAGAACUAUCUUCAAAGAAUCCUUUAACUAAAACAAAUAGUGAAAGUCAUAAAUCAGCAUCCAUUUACUAUUCUCUCAUUGAUCGCUUGGCUAUUCAAUAUUUUCGCACUCUUCGAGCUGGUUCAUCAUCUGAGAGUUCAUCGUUUGUGUUGCAUAAAGUUGAUGCAAAGUUACAUGGAAAACAACCAGAUAUUUACUUUCGUGAUGAUGUUCUCAAGAUUGAACCUGGAAAUAUAGAGAUUGCAAAAGAUGGUAUAAUACAAGAUACAGAUAAAUACGAUCUUGACACAAAUAAGAGCCUUCGGGAAAAUAUCUAUGAAAUCCAUUACGCAUAUGACAAUCUUCCUACUUCAAAGAAGGAGAAAAUUUUCGAGAUGGAUUUUAUAGCCUUUGUGAUAUCUGACAAUCAUAUAGAUUCGUAUGUUACUAGAUUGGUCGAUCACCAGCUUUAUAUAUCUACCAAGAUUUACAGUAUGAUGUAUCCUACAGAGUUUGUUGUGAAUGAGCUGAUUGGUUGCAUGAAUAGGGUACUAAAAAUGACUUUGCGAAUGGGUCAAACUGUGGAAGUUAUGCGCAAAGCCAAGGUGGAUGAUUCGGAUCCAUUGAUCGAUUCACCAAAAAAGUUCAAAUAUUUUUGCGAUCCUCGUAUAUUACCUUCCACAAUCUCCGAAACUGCUACUGAAAAAUCAGGUGGUAGGAAGAAAAACAUUAAGAAAAAUACUAAGUAA